AUGAGAUCGUCGCCCCUCUGCUGCGCAAGAAGAUCCGAGCGCGGAGGAUUCAAUUUUUCGAGGAGGUGCACGCUUCUGGACAACUUUGUGGAUUUCGUGAGUUUUAUACGGAGACAGGUUACGUUUGACAUCCGUAGCUUGAUUGGAACCGACGUAGCCACGGUUCAUAUCCCACAUCGCGGACGACGCACAAUGAUGGCCCUUCGUGUCUGCUGCUUGUUUGUGGCGGUGCUAGUCCACAGUGUGCCUCUGCUGUCGAUGACAGCGUUAGCAGAGGAGCACUAUUUUUUAUUCACUGGAUGUAUGCUGUUUUCUUCCGUGAAGCGGGUCACGGUGAAGCCUGGUGAUACUGUCACGAUGCGAUGCCCGGGGGCGACAUCAACAACUCCCAAUGGCGUCACUACAUACACGUGCCAGGGGCCAGAUCCGGAGUGCACAGACGGGACCAGGGUUACAUAUCCAACGCUGUUCCCAAAGGCGCCGUCUGAUUUCCAGUUUUGGAGCGGGGGAGACACUCUCUCAACCACAGGAACUCUGCACAUUCCACCGGAAGCGGACGACGCGACGUUCAGCUACCGCUGGGACGCUCCAUCGGGCGGUAUGAAGGAACAUACCCGCCUUGUCAUCAGGGUCCGACAGCCCCCGAAAGAGGAAAGAGCUGCACCGAAUGUACCGCAUUCCGCACAUUCGAGCUUCAUGCCGAUGAUCUCUGCCGCUUUUGGAGCCCUUGGGGCCGGAGUCGCAAUCACGCAAACGAUAUGA